AUGAAGGGGAGGAACAAGAUGCUGCUCUCUGCUCAAAAGCAGGCGCGACAGCGUCUCGAGUCCUCCGCCACCGUCGGGUCGAUGACGUCGCUCGAGGCCUCCCCGCAGUUCCGCUCCAACAAGCUACUGGAGGUGAGGUACAAAGGUGAAGUGCGAAGGGCCAUGGGAUGGAAGCGAAGAAUCUUCGGCAUCGGACCCAAACUCCUCGGCAUCCCCGGCUCCCGCAUGGUACACCCGGAGUCGCUGUUCGCUCAAGGGGUCGCCCUUCUCUCUGCCCUGCUCCUCAUCUACUCUGCCAUCGUGACGCCCGUCAUCGUCGGCUUCUACUGGCACACGGACUGCUUCCGCUCCCCCACCCUAGAGUUCGACAUGCUCGUCGACGUGUUCUUCCUCCUCGAGAUUGCCUUCACCUUCUUCUGCGGCGCCAUGGUCAAGGGCCGCUACUGUGACGACGCCUCGACCGUCGCCUCCUCCUACCUGCGCGGGUCGUUCUGCUUCGAUGUCAUCACCUCCAUCCCCGUCUCGUGGGUUGAGUUCUUCACGCUCCGCAAGUGCGAAGAGGGAGGUGGAGGGUCCAAGUCCAGCCUGCGGGUGGUGCGAGUGGUGAAGCCGCUGCGGCUGUUCAAACUGCUGCGAGUGAUCAAGGCCAUGAAGAUCCUGGCGAUCCUGGACCGCAUCGAGUCGUAUCUCAAUCUCCCUCCCUUCAUGUUCCGCAUGCUCCGAGUCUUCUGCAUCGUCGUCUACGUCGUCCACAUGACCGCAUGCACCUACUGGCUGGUCAAGGAGCUGACGCACAGCCGGGAGGAGACAGACGCCUGGUUCCUGAGCCUCUUCAGCGAGGGCUCGGGGGUCGAAGCAGGAGAUCUGUUUCACCAGUACGUCCUCGCUACCUACUUCAUCAACACCAUCUUCUCCACCGUUGGGUUCGGCGACGUCGCGCCCGACAACUCCGAGGAGCGAAUCUUCUGCGUGUUCGCCAUGUACCUCGGCACCAUCGUCUUCGGUACCCUCCUCUCUGAGGUUCACGAGGAGCAAGGGGAGGAUACUUCAGCAAGUCCGCGACUUCUUGCGGGGAAACCACGUCCCCCCUCGCAUCGAGCAAGCCUCCAUCAACUGGGUUGA